AAUGUUUCCUAAUAGAUUCAUGUCGUCUAUUUUGAGUGUUUUCGGGUUGUCUCUAAGACUUAAUCAGUGUCCCACAAUACAGAAACAAACGUACCCUAAGUGUGAUGACUACCUUCAAAGGGAUUUUGAUUUUAUUAUAGUGGGUUCUGGUCCAGGAGGUUGUGCGUUAGCUAAUCGUCUAAGUGAAAAUCCAGAUUGGAAUGUUCUUAUGGUGGAAGCUGGGGGGUACCCAUCAAAAGCUUCAGAGAUACCAGCAGCCGCGCAAUUCCUUUUGGGAACAUCAGAAAACUGGAAAUUCCUCUCCGAACCAUUAAACUACCCUACUGCCCAUUUGGAUAACCGUAUCCAUUUACCUCAAGGUAAAGCACUGGGUGGGUCAAGCACAAUUAAUGGUUUACUAGACGUUCCAGGUCAAGCUUAUGAUUAUAAUUUAUGGGCUGACUUGGUAAAAAAUGACAUUUGGAAUUGGACCAAUGUAGAACCUUAUAUUAAAAAAAGCAGUGAAUACCUUAAAACCACAAACCCUGUUGUUCUUACAAAUGGUAGGAUGAAAAUAGAAUCAGCUGCUCGUGAACUAGGUCUGGAUAUAAACGGCCCAUCACCAUUUGGGUUUCAUGAUGAACCCAUGAAUGUUGUGAAUAAUGUCAGAUUAUCAAUGGCUAAAGCAUACCUUCAACCGUUAAUCAAAAGGAAGAAUUUUUGUCUGGUUGUGGAUACUUUUGUAAAUAGGGUUGUGAUAGACCCAAAAACAAAUAGAGCUGUUGGAAUUGAAUUCAAUAAUGGGUAUAACAGACCUAAAAUUAUUAAUGCUACUAAAGAGGUGAUAGUAUCAGCAGGACCCAUCAACUCUCCAAAACUACUAAUGUUAAGUGGUUUAGGGCCAAAAGAUCACCUUAAAAAAAUAGGUAUACCCUUAAUACAGAACUUACCAGUUGGUAAAAAUCUUCAGGAUCAUUAUCACGUACCAAUUUUUCUUCAAAUUCAGGACAUAUCACAAAUACCCAUAAAUAAAAUUUUAACAGUCUACUGUAGCACAGGCCAACUCCUCAACAACGAUGGAAUAGUAUCCUUCAUCGGAUUCUUCAACACCCAUCACUUUAAAAAUCGUAGUUGUAAAGAUAAAAAUGACACAACAUUAUGGGUUACCACUCCAAGAGACAUUGAAUUGAUCACAACCCAAGGAUUUCAAAACGAGGGUCUAGUAAUCGAUACAUAUUUAAAUGGGGCACACUUCCAUCCAAAGUACAAUAAACGCCUACGUGAAAUAAAUUCAAAAGUUGGAUGGUUAAUGACUCUGGUAACUCUCCUACAUCCUAAAUCAAAAGGUACAGUUGAAUUGAAGAACAAAAACCCAAAAGAACCACCAUUGAUCCAAUUGAAUUAUUUUGAUCAUCCUGAUGAUAUGAAGACAAUGAUGAAAGGUAUAGGAAUAUAUCUACGACUAAAAAAUACCAAGAGUUUGAGGAAUUAUAGAUUGAGUAAUCUAAAGGUGGAACCCUGUGAUAAAUUCAGAUUCAUGUCCAGGGAGUAUUUCAAAUGUUAUUCAAAAAUGUUUGUAACCACUACUUUUCAUUAUGCUGGAACCUGUAGAAUGGGAUCAGAUCCUUUGAAAUCAGUUGUUGAUCCUACCCUUAGGGUUCAUGGUGUGCCUAAUUUAAGAGUAUGUGAUAGUAGUAUCAUUCCUGAAUUAAUGGGUGGGCAUCCAAGUGUACCAACUGCUAUUGUAGGUGAAAAGUUGGCCGAUAUUAUUAAAGAUACUUAUUUAUCAGUAGAAUAAUAUUAAAUUUACAAUUUAAUUAUUAUGUUAAUAAGGUUACAAAUUAAAAAUUAAAA